AUGUUCGCCUUGAGACUCAUUACGAGUGCGACAAAAUUUACAAAAACGUUGCCAAGCGCAUCGUGUAUCAACACAAUUCACACUCUAAAUGUGCUAUUCAAAAAUAAAACAGAUGAUUUACUCAGUGUUGAUAUUCGCGGUGAAUCUCUACAGUUCCCAUAUGUGUGGUUGAGAGAGAACUGCCAGUGUGAACAGUGCUAUCAUACUUCAGCCAAGAGCAGAAUACUUGACUGGAACAACUUUGAUCUAAAUGUGAAACCGAAAGACGUCUCUAAAGAUCAACAUUCUUUACAAGUCACCUGGAACGACGGACAUACAUCGCAAUUUAAUUUAAACUGGCUGAAGUUCAGAGGCUUCACCACAGAAAAUCAAAAUAAUUACACGGAAACUAUUUAUAAACCCAAAAACAUUACAUGGAACAACGAAGACUUCCCAAAAAUAUUUACCAAACACGAUUACAAUGAGAUAUUAAACUCAGAGGAGGCUCUGUACAACUGGCUACACCAGUUAUCUGUUUACGGAGUCGCAUUAAUUCAGAACACACCGGACUCCGAGACAGCUAUAGACGCAGUUGUGAAUAAAAUCGGAUUUACAAAGAGGACACACUACGGUGUCAAGUUUGUUGUGCGGAAUGUGCCGAAUACAAGUAAUGUGGCCUACUUGUCGAGUAAUUUACAGUUGCAUACUGACCUACCGUACUAUGAAUAUUGCCCUGGAGUAAACUUAUUACAUUGUUUAGUUCAAACAGUUAGUAGAGGGGGAGAAAAUGUACUAUCCGACUGUCAUUAUGUCGCACAAUAUAUGAAAGUGCAUCACCCAGAGCAAUAUAAACUGCUCACUGAUACGGAAAUCGAGUGGAGAGACGUUGGCGUAGAAGAUGGUAACGAGUUUUACAAACUACAUCGUGAUCCGGUCAUCUGCUUGGACCGACACGGUGAAGUAACGAGAAUAAAUUUUUCUAUUCCACAAAGGGGGAGUCAGUUUCCUGGACCUAUUGACUUAGUGAAGCCUUGGUAUGAAGCUCACGCUAAUUUCUUAGCUUUGAACCAGAAGUUCGGCGCGCGAUUUAAAACUUCUACUGGUGACAUUCUGUGUUUCAAUAAUAUUAGGUUGUUGCAUGGUCGGAACGCUUAUGAGGACAGUGAGAAUAAUGUAAGGCAACUAAUAGGUGCCUAUGUAGACUGGGAUGAGAUAUACUCCAGGUUGAGAUGUUUGAGAGUAAAGUUGAAGAAUGAAGAUGGUAUCUGCUGA